AUUGACUGCACACACUUUUAGUUAAAAACUCUUAUAAGCAAACUUCUUCCUUCCUUCCAAUUUAAAGAUAGAUAGAGAUAGAAACUGAAAAAAAAAAAAAAAAGAAAGAAAGAAGAGGAGAGAGAAAGCGAAGAAUAACAUCAACAACACCGCCACCAAGUCAGAACUCAGAUAGACCAAAUAGAAAGAUAAACAGAUUCAAUCGAUUUCAGAAUAUUAUCAACUCUCUCUCUCCUCCUUCUAUCUUCUCAUUUCUAGAGAGAGAAACUCCCCUUCUUCUUCUUCUUCUUCUUCUUCUUGUUCUUCUUCUUCUUGUGCUUCAUGUUUGUUCGUAAUUUCGAGAAGUUGUUCCCAAUCGGCGAUUCUGGUUCGAGAGCUAACGAUAGGAGCAACAAUGGAGACGCCGCCGGCGGAGGAGCUUCUGAAGAAGAUCCAGGAGCUGGAGGCAGGCCACGCGCACCUCAAGAAUGAGAUGUCCAAGCUAUUGCAAUCCACCGAUGCCGCCGCCAGGUCCGAUCACCACCGCCGCCCGCACCAGAGGUCCCACUCCAUCUCGCCGCAGCGCUCCAGGCUCGGCUCCCCCCCCCCCCCCCGAGCCGGACUCGAAGGCUCCGCGUCGUUCCGGCAUUCGUCUCCGCUGCAGAGGGAGAGCCGGAGCCGCGAUCCUUGCGAUGGUGGAGGUGGAGGAGGGGGUGUGGGACCCUCGGCUGUCAAUUUCACCGAUAGGCAGUAUCUGAAUAUCUUGCAGUCCAUGGGGCAAUCUGUUCAUAUAUUUGAUCUCACUGGUCGUAUAAUUUACUGGAACAGGACUGCUGAGAAACUAUAUGGUUACUCUGCGGCAGAGGCCUUAGGUCGAGAUGCCAUUGAGCUUUUGGUGGAUUCCCAUGACUUUGUUGUGGCAAAUAAUAUAGUCGAACGUGUUUCCUUGGGACAGAGCUGGACCGGACAGUUCCCCAUCAAGAAUAAGAUGGGGGACAGGUUUGUGAUUGUAGCGACCAAUACUCCAUUCUAUGACGAUGAUGGCUCUUUGAUUGGGAUCAUCUGCGUAUCAAGUGAUUCCAGGCCCUUCAGAGAUAUGGGGAUUGUGCAGGCUGAUGCAGGGCAAUGCGAGAGCUCGCGUCGGCCCCGAAAUGUUGUAUCGACUAAACUUGGACUUGAUCCUGAGCAACCUUUGCAAGCUGCUAUUGCAUCAAAGAUAACAAAUUUGGCAUCCAAGGUGAGCAACAAAGUCAAAUCAAAAAUUCGGGUGCCGGAGAACAACAUGGAUCGUGAAGGUGGGAGCGGAGAUAGUCAUUAUUCUGAUCAUGGACAUUCUGAUGCUGUUAACUCUGACCACCGGGAGGAUGCUGCUUCAAGUGGAGCUAGCACACCCAGAGGAGAGGUUUCUGCAACCAUUGGUGUAUCUUCCCAUAUUGAUGAGAAGUCCCCAGGAAAGCCCUCCAGGGAUUCUGGUGAUGAGAGUGAAGGAAAAAAUGCAAUCCACAAGAUUAUAACCUCAAAGGCAGAAGCAUGGAUGAAUAAAAAAGGAUUAUCUUGGCCAUGGAAAGGCAAUGAGCGAGAAGCAUCAGAAGCUAGGGCUUCCCGCUUUGUUUGGCCUUGGUUACAUAAUGAUCAAGAGAAUGAUUCGGCUCAUCAGAGGAAUCAUAGUGGUAAACUAGAAAGCCAUGGAAAUGAAAGCAACCGGCCUGCAAAUAACGAGGCUUCAGGCUCCUGGUCAUCCUCAUUUAAUGUCAACAGCACAAGCAGUGUCAGCAGCUGUGGAAGUACCAGCAGUAGCGCUAUGAAUAAGGUGGACAUGGAUACUGACUGCCUGGAUUACGAAAUAUUAUGGGAGGACUUGACAAUUGGAGAGCAGAUCGGACAAGGUUCAUGUGGAACUGUAUAUCAUGGCCUGUGGUACGGAUCAGAUGUCGCGGUCAAGGUGUUCUCCAAGCAAGAAUAUUCGGAGGAUGUGAUACUUUCCUUCAGACAAGAGGUAUCUCUUAUGAAAAGACUUCGACAUCCAAAUGUGCUGCUCUUUAUGGGAGCUGUGACUUCACCUCAGCGUCUUUGCAUUGUGACAGAGUUCCUUCCACGUGGAAGUUUGUUUCGCUUGCUUCAGAGGAACAUGGCAAAAUUGGAUUGGAGAAGGCGGGUUCAUAUGGCCCUGGAUAUUGCACGGGGUGUCAAUUAUCUUCAUCAUUUCAACCCACCUAUCAUCCAUCGAGACUUGAAGUCUUCAAAUCUUCUUGUUGAUAAGAAUUGGACUGUCAAAGUCGGUGAUUUUGGUCUUUCACGUCUUAAGCAUGAAACCUAUCUCACAACUAAGACUGGGAAGGGAACGCCUCAAUGGAUGGCACCAGAAGUUCUUCGCAAUGAACCAUCAGAUGAGAAGUCUGAUGUAUACAGCUUUGGAGUGAUACUAUGGGAGCUCGCUACAGAGAAGAUUCCUUGGGAUAAUCUCAACUCAAUGCAGGUAAUCGGUGCCGUGGGGUUCAUGAACCAAAGACUGGAGAUUCCAAAAGACGUGGAUCCUCAGUGGGCUUCUAUAAUUGAGAGCUGUUGGCAUAGUGAUCCAGCACUCCGCCCAACAUUCCAAGAGCUGCUCGAAAGGUUCAGGGAGUUGCAGAGACAUUAUACCCUUCAGUUACAGGCAGCACGCUCUACUGCUGGCGAUAACACCGCCAAGGAAAUGUAGACCUGCCUCGGCAUUUAUUGCGAUUUGGGGUUUACUCUUUUUGCUUCAUUCGCAUCAUUGCUAGCCGAAGCAUCCAUUUUUGGUAGAUAUCCAAGCCGACCGAACCAACACCAUUUCUGGUAAGGACAUAGUAGACACCACAAAAUGGCUUGUGGUUGGUAUUUGGAACCAAGUUGGAACUCAGAUUUUGGCCGACUGUUUGGCAGACAAGAAAAAGGGAAAAGAAAAGCGGAAAAGGGGAAAGUGGUUGUCAUUCAUGUGAGCUGCCUAACUAUGACGGUGAUUGGGGUUGGGUUGGGGGUUAGUUGGUCUGUGUGAUGGUUUGUGUUUUUUUGCACUGACAUCAUCAAGAAUUCUUUCAAAGUUGGUCACUGGUGUUCUGCGGUUGAGAACCAUGUUGGUUGGAUCACAUGUCACCUUUUCUGUGAUUUUGUAUUGGUGAGGAAUUGUCAGGACCACUUUAA